CUAACUGAGCCGCCGAGGAAGGUAUAAAACAGCUGUCACACCCACCCCUCUUUCAUGGCCGAAGCUACUCAUACCCCCCAGUCAUCGGGGUGGCGGAUAUCCAAAGCAUGCCAAGAGUGUAGGAAGAGGAAGAUCAAAUGCAAUGGCAGCAAUCCAUGCAAAACCUGUCAACUGCGUAACACCCCCUGUAUCUAUAGGGAUGUUAUCCGACAACGCAAGAGGAAACCCCGAGGUAUGCGUGAGAGUGAAGCAUUUGAUUCCGAUGGGGCAACGCGCUCUGAGUAUGGAGCUGGCCAGCAGUCCCCCGGAUUACCGCCGCGGCGGAACCCAUCAGGGAACUAUACUAUCAACAGUAGUGUUUCAGCCACACAUGUGGAAUCUCCAUCAUGCAGAGUUCAACUAUACUAUGGACCAACAUCACAUUUUGCCCUUAUGCACGAAAUAUACAGAGAUCUCGUUUCUAAUCAAACGCUGGGCUUGGAAAAGUCUCAUGGCGAGGUUGAAGAGGCGAAAGCAAGUUUGGAUAUGUUCAGCUUUCGUCGCAUCUUCUUUGGAACUCCAGAUGAGGCUCAGGAGUCAGUGAAAGGCUCGAAGGGAAUGGAUGUUCCGAUCAUGUUCCUAUCUCGUGAGCUAGCCAAUGUUUUCCUCCAACGGUUCUUGUCGUCCUUAUACACAUUGGUCUCGUUUCGCUCGAAAGAGUCGUUUGAACGGGAGCUAGACUAUCUGUAUAGCCCUGCGCCUGGGGCUCGUUCAGACACUUGGGGCCACUGUAUGCUCCUGCUGGGCCUGGCUAUGGGUGCCUUGGGCACCGAGCAUUAUCGCUGGGGCGAUAUCCUGUACGACCGGGUCAAAGCAAUAUGCGGCCCAUUGGAUGAAAUUGUGAACGUUGAAACGGUGCAAGUAUCACUGCUCAUGGCCCAUUAUCAAAGCGAGCAAGGUAGACCUAACUCAACGUUUCUUCACUUGGGUGCUGCGUCAAGAAAGGCUUUGUCAGCUGGGCUGCAUAAAGAGGCGCCGCGCCAGGGUGGAGAAUUGAGAGAUAGUGUCCAAGAGAGGAGGACAACGUUUUGGGCUCUGUAUUUCUACGAAACCUGGUUCUGUUUUCACCUAGGGCGUCCCUGCUCCUUGUCAUUAAGGGAUGUCGGUAUUGAACUUCCAGAGAAUCCUUUCCUGCGUGCUUUAACUUACGUGGCCAAAGUGAUUGCUCGCCUAGCAGAUGAGAUGUUCGGGCAUCACCAUGACUCGCUACUGCAAAUGUGGAAACUUGCUAGAUCUAUCACAGAUGAUUACAGAACGUAUGAGCAACAAAUGCAACAAGCUAUUGGCGCUGGAUUGGAUACAUGUCCUCAGCAAGGGCUUCUUGGCGUACAGCAGACGAUAUUAACGACUAUCUACUAUCACACUGUUCUCUUAACGUUCCGUCCGUUUUUAAUUUUCCGCGGCCGAUGGCAGGAAGAUAUGAAGGGCCCCUCACAACAUGGAGGCAAUCGCCCAACUGAAGCUCCCGCGUGGUUGAACGAGGCCUGCAAUAAAGCUCUUGGAGCCGCGUGCAAAACAAUUCAGUUUCUAAGUGAAGCGGCUGUUGCCAAUGAGCUUGUCAGAGAACUCCGUUAUCAUGGCUAUUUUCUAGGAAGCGCCUCAUUCGCCAUAAUCUAUGACUUGAUGCAUGGUAAAAACCUUGCCUCCACCCAUCUUCCCUGGAUCUAUGCCGCUCUUCACAGUCUUGCAACCAUGAGAGCGGGUGAUCCCAUCAAGAGCACCAUAGCAGCUAUUCAAACUGUUCUCAAAAAGCUCAACCCCUCUUACGAGUGGAUCCCUCCCAAGGGGCUUAACCCUAUCCUGGACGAGCAGUUUUCCACCGUGCGGCUAUACUCCACUGAUAUUCCAACAUCCCAAGCACAAACUAUACUGGAGCCCUCCUCACCGGAAGUACCGCUGCAGCCCUUGCAAACUGGAAAUGGUCUCCCAAUCCUGUCCGACUUCCAGAACAAUUCCUUGCAGGCAGGCUUUAACCCUCCCUGUGGUGGUGUUGGGAGCGGCGAGGACCUGUUGGACCUCACCUUGUCUGAUAUGGGAUGGGACUUUGAUUUUUCAACGAUGGACCUGGAGACGUUCUUUUCCAUUUAUCCGCAUGUGGAGACUCCGACUGGAUAACUGCUCAUGUUAGAAUGCAUUGUAUUCAAUAUCUGGCGGGCGAGAUUGCGGUUACUAUUCUAAUGUUGAUCUCUGAAAAGGGUGGUGGUUCAUCAUAAAAGUACUAAUCUUGAUACUCUUUCAUAAUGCGUCACUCAACCACUCCCUAACGCCAAUUGCUGAGCCAAACCAAUUUCCCCAUAGAACCGGUAACCGACGUAUUCAAUCUCUAAGUCAUUUGCAUGUGAUCAACCGCAGUCUCGGAAUAUCAGAAAAGCAAAACAUUUUACGAUUGACUUGAAUGACACAGACAUCACUGCCUAUAGAUUGGACUAUGACGUUCCGGGCCGGCAAGCAAAUUCAGCUAAGCUGUGUCUUUG